CUCGUUCCCAGUUGAUGGCAUGCCCAAAGGCCGAUGGCGCAAGAGCCGGGCCAAUGGCGGCAAUGGCGGCAAUGCCGCCGGCCGGCGCCAGCGCUUCAAAAAGAAAGGCGGCUGGCCGCAGAGGAUACGGUCUCAUCUAGCAGAAGACCUUGAGCCCGGCGAGCCUGGGGAAGAGCCGGUGGAGGAGGUCAAGGAGACCAUCAGCUUCCAGCAGCUGACGCCUGAACAGCAAACCGCAGCCACUCGGGCGCUGAGUGGCGAGAGUCUCUUUCUGACCGGCGCCGCGGGCACUGGGAAGAGUUUCCUGCUGCGAUAUCUCAUCCAGGAAUUGCAGGAGCUCUAUCCUGGGCAGGUAGCCGUCACCGCGUCGACUGGAGUCGCUGCCUCGCACCUGGCGGGUCAGACCCUCCACAGCUUCGCGGGCAUCGGCCUGGGCACCGGAUCCUUCGCCUCGCUGAAGAAGAAGGUGCAGAAGGCUGCUGUGGCAGAGAGGUGGAAGAAGACGCGGGUGCUGGUCGUGGAUGAGAUCUCGAUGCUGGACAGCCGCUUGCUGGACCUCCUCUCCAAGUUGGCCAGCGCAGUGCGAGGCAACACCGCAGCCUUCGGCGGCCUCCAGGUACUUCUCUGCGGGGACUUCCUGCAGCUGCCGCCGGUCCAGGAGCGCGGCAAGAGCGCCCAGUUCUGUUUCCACGCCGCGGCCUGGCGACAGGCCGGCCUGGAGGAGGGCACAGUGCUGCUGCGCCAGCCGGUGCGGCAGCAAGCGGAUGCCGCCUUUGCGGAGGUCCUGAACGAGAUGCGAGUGGGCAUCGUCAGUGAGAAGGCGAACGCGAUGCUUGCCAGUUGCCACGUGAAAGUGAAGACGCCGCCUGCUGAUGGCAUUCUCCCGACCAGGCUCUAUUGCCUCAAUCGGAAUGUGGACGCAGAGAACGCCAAGCGUCUCGCUCAGCUACCAGGGGAAGAGGUGGUGCUGCGCGCCCGGGAUCAGGUGCCACGAAGGUGCAGCGCUUUGCAGCGCUCGGCCUUGGACCGGAAGGUACCAGCUUUGCUGAAGCUGAAGCCUGGAGCACAGGUCAUCCACCUCCGCAACGAGCCUUCUCUGGGCCUGGUGAACGGCCACAGAGGUCGAGUGGAGGCCUUCGAAGGAGGCAUGCCUGUGGUGCGCUUUGACAAUGGCAAGCGUGUCUGUAUCGGCGUGCAGAAGUUCACGCAGGGCUCGGGCUCCUCGAGUCUCACCAGGUUCCAGGUUCCCUUGAAGCUUGGAUGGGCGCUUACUGUCCACAAGGCCCAGGGCAUGACGCUGACGAGGGCGGAGCUGCAGCUGGACGACGCCUUCGAGGCGGGGCAGAGCUACGUGGCGCUGUCGCGGCUCACCGGCACUGAGGGCCUGUGGCUCCGCGGGAAGAUGGCGCUGGGAUGCCGGGCGCAUCCUGAGGUGUUGCGCUUCUACGAGGCAGCACAGUGCGGCAAGCUCCCAGCGGCCAAGCUUGAUCCUGCGAAGGCAGCACAGUGCGGCAAGCUCCCAGCGGCCAAGCUUGAUCCUGCGAAGGUCGCGUCUCCUUUGCUGGCGCUGCCAGGACCCCAGCGGCUCCAGCGCAAGCGUGCUGCGGGCCUCACCCCGUCGCCCAAGAGGCAGCGCAAUGUUGGGAGCGCGAACCAAGUGCAGAGCACAUGGGUUAUCCCACCGAAACAGUGGUGCGAAGUAAUUCAAAUUGAAUGAAUAAUUGAUUGAUGGGCUUGAUGGGGAA